GAAGGGACAGUUCAGGACAUGGUUUUAUCUGAGCUGGGCUGUUUUUGUUUUGUGUUGUGUUGUUUAUUUUUGGAAGAAGUGUUGUUAUGAGUCUGCAGAAGGGAAACUAGUUUAGGUUUGAUCAAGAGGCUGUGAAAUGUGCUUCCCAUUAGGAGAUGGCAAAGAAUGUCAUAAUCAGAGGGCAGCCUUAUAACCACAACGAGCUGCUGGCUUGGCUCAAUGAAACUUUAGAGACCAGCUUCACCAAGGUGGAGCAGUUAAGCACAGGUGCCGCCUACUGUCAGCUGAUGGACUGGUUGUUUCCCGGAUCCCUGGACUUUUCCAGCGUCCAGUUCCAAAGCGAUGACAUUGAACUCGCCUCGGUCCACAACUUAAGUUUACUGAAGACUGCCUUCUCAAAAAUUGGAGUGAACAAAUACGUCCCCUCUAUUGCGCUGAUGAGGUGGGGGUUCACCGUGUCUCUGGACUUCCUGCAGUGGUUCAAGCUCUUCUUUGACAGGAAUAACAAAGGCAGGGAGUAUCAUGCCUUAGAGGCCAGAGGUGGACAAAGUUUGGUUUGUGCUGUCCCAGAUGACAUAACUGUGAAGGAACCCAGAAAAGAAGCACCAGUAAAGAACAUGUAUCAGAACGGAGAUGUGAUUUUACUGACAUCUUCUGAAGAGGAGGAGGAAGUGGAGAUGGUGGAGCAACUCAAGUGUGUUCAGAAAACCCCAAUAAAGAGGGAAGAGGAGGCACGAGACGAUUUGACGGUCUUCAUCAAAAGAUACUGCUGUGAUACUUUGCACAGAACCGACCCAGAAGACAUCGUCCAGGCCUGUUCAGACACUCCUUACUGCCUGUAUCUGUACGUGGAGGUGGAGCUGAGUGCAGGAAAGAGCUCGAACAUCGUCCUGAUUGGCUACGUCGACCAGAGCUCAGGUGUUAGCGUGGUGAGGCCACUGCAUGCUCUGCAGAUGAGCGUCGAUGUCGGUCCACAAAUCUCAGCAGACAGGGAAGCUACGAGAGCAGAUUCUGAUGCUCACCUUCUGGUUGAGGCGGUGACGACUCUCGGCCUUCCUCUGUCCAACCUCGCCGUGUUUUACUGCGACGCUCCUCAUCCAACGAGUCGAGCGUUCGCGUCCCACCUCCGGUUAUUUAACCCUCGCUUCAUAUCCGUCUGUGGCCUCUCUGGAAUGGCAGGGAGAGCCUGCCACGCCGGACUCCAGGCUUCCUUCAGCAAUGUGGUCGACCUGGUUGGAGACAUCUACCAUUACUACUCCAGCUGCUCCUCCGUCAGCGGCAGCCUGAAGGAGCUGUUUGCCGGUGCGGAGCCUUAUGAUCUGUCCCGUCCCGUCUCAUCACAGUGUUUGUUCAUCAUCCUCACUGUGCAGAAGAUGGUCGGCUGCUGGAGGGGUUUGGUGGAUUAUUUUAAAUCGCUCCAAGGCAGCGACGCUGCCUUGAUCAGAACGCAGCUGAUGAACCAUGAAGUCCAGCUGCACUUCCUGUUCCUGUCCCACGCUCUGGAGCCGCUGCGAGCUCUCCAGGAGCUGCAUCAGUGUGGCGCUGCAGGCGUCACCGCGGAGCUCCAGCUGACCUCCUCGCUACUCAACGCCUUCGCCGCCAGCGUCCUGCAGCCGUCUGCUGCCGAGCGCUUCCUGAGGAAGCGGGACGCGGAUCUGCUCCAGAGCAGGAAGUACCUGCUGCCCCCAGCAGAGGUGGCCGUGGGCUCUCAGGCCAAAGAGUUUCUGUGGGCGACUCCUGUGGUGGAUCUGGGGGAACAGGACCGCAUUGACUUCCUGAACCGUGCUCAGCGUUUCUACAGAACGGUGCUGGGAAGUUUAGUGGAAAGCAUCCCUGAGCUGCUGUCAGAUGUGGUGCUGAGGAAUAUUGGCUUGGUGCUGGAACAUCCCAAAUAUACGAGCGAUAAUAAAAUCAUCAGAAACGUCCUGUUGGAGUUGGCGGUUCAGCUGGGUCUGUGUGGCGCCGGCUCUCCAGGAUCACAUCAGCUGGAAACCGACUACCUCAGCUUCAGUCAGGCGGUGAAGGAGGAACAGAGGAGAACGAAUGGAGAAGAUCUCAGCCAGGCCAAAACGCUGCGUAUUAUGAGACGAUACUCUGGUCUGUAUAGACUCCAGCUGACCCUCCUGGCUCUGCCCAGCUCUCUGUGCAGGAAACAGGUGUUCGCUAAGAUGUCCAACAGCAUCAAGGCUCUCAGCGACAGCAAAGAAACCCCCAAAGCCUCCCCUCAACCUCGACGUCGACCCCGACCCCGACCCCAGAUCCGGAGAAGGAAACUACCAGUCCGGGCAGCUUAUAGACAGAAGGAGAAAGAAGAAGAGCAGAGUUCAUCAGAGGACAGCGACAGAGCUCCAGUCAAACCUCUUCUACAAACUCAACAACAGAAACACCACAACAGUAUGGAGGACUCGGACUACACAGACAAUUCCUCAGAUGUGGUCGAAGAGUUGAAUAUGUCUCGGAGCAGCAGACUAACACCAGCAAUCCCUCCAGGAAAUUUCCCAGCUGAGUCGAUUUACAUGGUGAGCAGCGAUGAAGAGGAUUCCUGCACAGAUCCCAGAACACCAACCUCAGCAGCAUCACUGGAAAAAACGAUUGGGGAGCUGGUCUGGGUUCAGGUGGACAGAUUCCCUCCGUGGCCCGGUGUCAUCGUACCCGACAGGGGAAAUACUCAACAUCCGAGCUACAGGAUGGUGCAGUGGUUCGGGCGGGAAAUGCCCUCUUGGGAGAAUUUGAAGGUUCUGAAACCUUUCGCUGCCUUCGACCAGCACUUCUCUGUUAGCUCCUUCAGCGUCGUCGCCUCCUACAAAAACGCCGUCUCCUUGGCCCUGCAGGAGGCAGCUCUGCGUUGUAAAAAGAAGUUUUCUGCACAUCCUGAGGACAAAGAUGAGCAGCUGACUCAGAUGUUAGACUGGGCCUUUGGAGGAUUUCGACCUUCUGGGCCGGACGGACUCAAACCUACAGCGUCUUUAAACGGAAACCCUGACCAGAACACAAACCACAGUCCAAAGGCGAAGAAGAAGCUCAUCCUGAAGGCCACGUCCUCUCCUGACUCCUUCAGUCCUCUGAGCAACAACAGCGUCAAGAUGAGGGAAGUGGUCGUCUCCUUAAACAGACUCUCGACCAGCUUUGUUGAAAAGUUCUCCCGGGAAGUGAUGAAGACCCCUCGAGGAAGAGGAAGAAGAGCAAGAGGAAGAUGGGUUUCAGAGAUUGAGAAACAAGGGAAGGGAGGAUGGGAGGCAGAGAAGGAGGACUGGGGAGGAGAAUGGGAGAAGGAGAAGGGAGGAUGGGGGAAGGGGAGGGGAAGAGGAGGGAAGGGUCCCAGGAAGAAAUAUGGUCUGUUCUCUGGAUUUGAUGCCGACAUGUCGCCAGACUUUGUGCCCAACAGGAAGAAGGCCUACGCAAAAAUCUACAACAAGGUGAAUGAGAAGACCAACACCGUCUACACACAGCCGGACCAGAAAGUCCGAGAGGAUACCAUUCGCAGGAUCAUGGACAUGAAGCUGGACAUCGAUGGCUACUGUUUGUGUUGUGGAACAGACAAUGUUGAGAUCUUCCACCCGCUUUUCAAAGGCAGUCUCUGCUUGAAGUGUAAAAACAACUUCACAGAGACUCUGUUCCGCUACGACGAGGACGGAUACCAGUCGUACUGCACCAUCUGCUGCUACGGACUGGAGGUCAUUCUGUGUGGCAACAACAGCUGCUGCAGGUCUUUCUGCGAGGACUGUCUGAACAUCCUCGUCGGCUCGGGGACGUUUGCUUCGCUGAAGCUUCUGGACCCGUGGAUCUGCUACUUGUGUCAGCCUCACCGACCCCACGGCGCUUUGGUUCCCCGAGAGGACUGGAGCAUCCGAGUUCAGGAGCAGUUCGCCAACAACAGCGCCAUGGAGUUUGAGCCUCACCGUGUUUAUCCAUCUAUUCCUGCAAACCUGCGCCGACCAGUUCGAGUUCUGUCGCUGUUUGACGGCAUAGCAACAGGCUACCUGGUUCUGAAGGAUCUCGGCUUCAAGGUAGAGAAAUAUGUUGCUUCGGAGGUUUGUGAGGAUUCCCUCGCUGUGGGGAGCAUCAACCACGACAGGAAGAUCAUCCACGUUGGUGACGUCCGGCUCAUCAACCAGGAAUACAUCGAUCAAUGGGGUCCGUUUGAUUUGCUGAUCGGUGGCAGCCCCUGUAACGACCUCUCCAUCGUCAACCCCAUCAGGAAAGGCCUGUACGAGGGCACCGGCCGGCUGUUCUUUGAGUACUACCGCAUCCUUCAGCUGCUGAAGCCCAAAGAGGACGACCCCAGACCGUUCUUCUGGCUCUUUGAGAACGUCGUCUUCAUGAACACUCACGACAAAGUCAACAUCUGUCGCUUCCUCGAGUGUAACCCGGUGCUGGUGGACGCCGUCAAAGUGAGUCCGGCUCAUAGAGCUCGUUACUUCUGGGGAAACAUCCCCGGCAUGAGCAGGCCCAUCAUUGCCUCCCAGAAAGACAAGUUGAAUCUCCAGGACUGUUUGGAGAUUGGUAGAGAAGCGAGGGUGACGAAGGUGAGGACGAUCACCACCAACCCAAACUCUCUGAAGCAGGGAAAAAACGUGUCUCAGCUGCCCGUCCUCUAUAACGGCAAAGAGGACACCCUCUGGAUCACCGAGCUGGAAAAGAUCUUUGGUUUCCCCAAACAUUACACCGACGUCAGGAACAUGAACCGGCAGCAGAGGCAGAAGGUUCUGGGGAAGGCCUGGAGCGUCCCGGUCAUCCGACACCUCUUCGCUCCACUCAAGGACUACUUUGCCUGCGAGGAACUUCCUCCUAUGACCAACUCUUCCACCUCCUUCACCUCCAACUCCUUCACCUCCAACUCCUCCAUCUCCAACUCCAACUCCAUCCCCUUCUCAAUCUCCAACUCCUCCACCUCCAACCCCUCCAUCUCCACCUCCAUCUCCUCCACCUCCAACUCCACCUCCAUCUCCAACUCCAUCUCCUCCACCUCCUCCAUCUCCAACUCCAACCCGUUCUCCAUCUCCAACUCCUCCACCUCCAACCCCUCCAUCUCCACCUCCAUCUCCAACUCCAACCCCUCCAUCUCCAACUCCGUCUCCAACUCCAACCCCUCCAUCUCCACCUCCAUCUCCAACUCCAACCCCUCCACCUCCUCCAUCUCCCCACCUUCUCCUGCCUCUCCAGACGUGCAGCAGUCCAGAUAGUGGAGGCAUUUCUGGGACCACAGAGUGACGACAGAUGGAGGAGGAGAAUCAGAAAAAAGCCAGAUAUCUGCUUUGAUAAUCGGUCUGUCCCUUGUUUUCUCCCCCAUAUGUUCAAGAAGUUCUCAGCAGAAAUGUUCUGAGCAGUAAAUUCCAGCUCACAAUCGUUCUUUUGUGGAUAGGCGCCACACAGACGUUUUGUAAGACGUCCAACAUGUCGUCACUUUGACCCCCACAGAUCCCCUCAGUCUGGGUCUCAAUACGGCAGAUUAGAAUCCACUUCUGGGUUUGCUCUCCACUUACUGGAUGAUUAACAUGCACAUUUUAGCACAUUUCAGCUCAGGAGAACUCAUUAUUACCUUUUCUAAACAAGUCUGUGGUCCAUUCUGUCCAAGAAUCUCAUCAAAACGUACUUAAAGGUGCUACAUCUAAUCUUAUGUCUCAGAUUUUCUCACUGAGAUUUAACUUAUGGCAGCUAUAAUGCAAUAAAAACAAUUAAAAAACAUAAAAAUGAAAGUAAGAAAGAAGUUUCUAAAAACCUGAAAUUAACACGUCCAAGUUCCCACAGGUGUUGCUAAUUUUAGGGUAGGACAGAGACAAAAAUGGCACAAAAAGAUACAAAAUGAUUGUAAAAGAUACACAAAUGAUGUAAAAUAAUUCAAAAAUGACACUAGAAGUUAUGAAAAUGACACAAAAAGAUGCAAAAAUGUCACAAAAAGACACAGAAAGGUCACAAAAAAUGUCACAAAGAUACAAAAAUUACACAAAGAUGCAAAAAUGUCACUAAAAGAUUCAAAACAUUACACAAAAAGAUGCAGAAAUUAAAGCACACAUUUUCUUUAAUGGAAUCUGGUUUAUUUUCCCUGAAUUUUUAUACAAGACUUGCAGAUUGAAAUGAUUUUAUCUCCACAGUGGACCUUUGGAAAGUUGAAAAUGUGACCAUUUUUUUCAGUUUUGUUUUUAAUUUGUUUAUACAUUUUUUUAAAUUGCCGCAGCAUUUUUAGUUUUUAACAGAAUCUGGCUCCUGCUAAUGCUUUUUUUUUUAAUUAGCAGAAAUAUCCCCUUUUUUUUCCUGAUGAAACCAAACGUUACAUGAUUAGUUCAAGGACCGUCAUAAAGCUGUAAACCUGGUUCCCACAGGUGUCACUAAUUUCAGAGGGAGAUGGAAAUAUCUUUUAAUUGUUUCCAUAUUCUGGGUUUCUAGCUGUGAUUUCUAGCAGAUUUUUAACACAAUAACUUGACUUUUUAAAACCGCUGGCAGGUUUUGAGGUCCAGAGGUUUAAAUUAAACGGUAAAAUAGGAAACGUGUUUAUCAGAAAAUAUUUUAUGUUUCAUGUUUUUGCUGCUUUAAUGAUGUUUAGACCGUAUUCCUGGGACACAAACAGAACUUCUGCUGUGAAACAAAUGUUCUAUACAUAAAAUGUUUGUACUUCUGUUGCUUUUCUUUAUUUUUUGCUUCUUUUUUCUGAUCUUGUUCCAUCUUUUUGUGCGUUUCUGGACUUUUAUUUUUUCAUUUCUCAAAGUAGCAAAUCACAGCGACGUGGAUUGUGUGUUGAAUUGUGUAGCUUGUCGUCGCUGUGUGUUUUCAGGUGUGUUUGCACUGCCACUUUGCUGCCAACAGAACUGUGAGGAACACAAAAGGCUUCCAGAAGUCUUAACAAAGCCUUACUGAUCUGGGAGCUGCUGUUCUACUGCAGCUGCAAAUAGAGACUGACUCUGGGUUUUAUCAGCUUUUAGAAUCCGUCUUUUUGACUUUUAAUGACUUUUUGACAGUCGGAGAAGCUCAGGUGAUUCUUCUGGCAGUGGAAGUCGUUGCAUAAACACUGGUCCACUGGUGCUUUUUAGACCACAGGUUCCCACAGGUGUUACUGAUUUCAGAGUAUGACGGUUAGAAUGACACAAAGAGACAAAAAUGAAGGAACUGAAUUAAUUAUCUUUUUACAAAACAUUAUGAACAACCUGAAAUAAAUUCAAUUUCAACAACAUCCAACCUCAGUUUAUCAUUUACACAUUACAAUGUACAGAUCAGAGUGUUAACAAAGGAACACAACAUUUAGUCACAGUUAUCUGGAGCUGAACGAUACAGUAUUUUACUUUGAUCAAAACCACAAAAAAGACAAAAAAUCAAAAACAAGACAAAAUAUUACAUAAAUAAGAUGCAAAAUGACAAAAACGAGAGACAAGACGACAAAAACGAGACAAAUGACAAAAAUCUGACAAAAAAAGGCAAAAUAUUACAAAAAUGAGACACAAUGACAAAUGAACAAUCUAGUAUUUUACUUUCUGAUCAAAACAACUUGUCAUGAUCUAGAAGUUAUUUUAAAUUUAUAGUUUUACUAAUUUACAAUCCUCAAUUAAUGUCUUCUCUGGAAUUUUUACACUUUGAGGGCCGAUUUUGGCCUGCGGGCCGCAUGUUUGACACCCCUGCUUUAAUUCAACCCGUUAUUGAUUAUUGAUCAGCUCCUGAAGCCUCAGAUGUUUGUGAGCUGCAACCAAAAUGUUGAUAUUUAGUCUGUUUUUAUCCUUAUUUCUCCCCUAAUUACUGUAAACUAGUACUACUAGUACUGAUUACUGUAAACUAGUAUUACUAGUAUUAAUGACUGUAAACUAGUCCUCCGUGUACUAGUACUGAAUACUGUAAACUAGUACUACUAGUACUGAUUACUGUAAACUAGUAUUACUAGUAUUAAUGACUGUAAACUAGUCCUCCGUGUACUAGUACUGAUUACUGUAAACUAGUACUAGUACUGAUUACUGUAAACUAGUACUACUAGUACUGCUUACUGUAAACUGGUAUUACUACUAUGAAUGACUGUAAACUAGUCCUCUGUGUACUAGUACUGAUUACUGUAAACUAGUACUAGUACUGAUUACUGUAAACUAGUACUACUAGUACUGAUUACUGUAAACUAGUAUUACUAGUAUUAAUGACUGUAAACUAGUCCUCCGUGUACUAGUACUGAUUACUGUAAACUAGUACUGAUUACUGUAAACUAGUACUACUAGUACUGAUUACUGCGUACUAGUCCUCUGUCUACUAGUACUGAUUACUGUAAACUAGUAUUACUAGUACUGAUUACUGUAAACUAGUACUACUAGUACUGAUUACUGUAUACUAGUCCUCUGUCUAGUAGUACUGAUUACUGUAAACUAGUACUGAUUACUGUGAACUAGUACUACUAGUACUGAUUACCGCGUACCAGUUCUCUGUCUACUAGUACUGAUGACUGUAAACUAGUACUACUAGUACUGAUUACUGUAAACUAGUACUACUAGUACUGAUUACUGCAUACUAGUUCUCUGUCUACUAGUACUGAUUACUGUAAACUAGUACUAUUAGUACUGAUUACUGCAUAGUAGUCCUCUAGUACUGAUUACUGUAAACUAGUACUACGAGGACUGAUUAUUGUAAACUAGUACUCUGUGUACUAGUACUGAUUACUGCGUACUAGUCCUCUGUGUACUAGUACUGAUUACUGUAAACUAGUACUACUAGUACUGAUUACUGUAAACUAGUACUACUAGUACUGAUUACUGCGUACUAGUCCUCUGUCUACUAGUACUGAUGACUAAACUAGUACUACUAGUACUGAUUACUGUAAACUAGUACUACUAGUACUGAUUACUGCGUACUAGUCCUCUGUCUACUAGUAUUGAUUACUGUAAACUAGUAUUACUAGUACUGAUUACUGUAAACUAGUACUACUAGUACUGAUUACUGCAUACUAGUCCUCUGUCUAGUAGUACUGAUUACUGUAAACUAGUACUACGAGGACUGAUUAUUGUAAACUAGUACUCUGUGUACUAGUACUGAUUACUGCGUACUAGUCCUCUGUGUACUAGUACUGAUUACUGUAAACUAGUACUACUAGUACUGAUUACUGUAAACUAGUAUUACUAGUACUGAUUACUGCAUACUAGUCCCAUCUACUAGUACUGAUUACUGCGUACUAGUCCCCUGUCUACUAGUACUGAUUACUGUAAACUAGUACUAUGAGGACUGAUUAUUGUGAACUAGUACUCUGUGUACUAGUACUGAUUACUGAAUCAUGAAUCGUAGUUUUACUUCAUUUUUGCAGGUUUUUACAGGUUUAACUCAGGAUGUCACUUUUAUCUGUUGUAAAUAUUAUUGAUUAAUUGGGAAGUAAUUAAGUGGAAAUAUUGUUUUUUGUUGUUAAAAUCAACUAAAUAAAUA